CGUCAAUCGAAUUUCGCAGCUAAUAAGCAGUCAGUGUGAGAUGUUGACAUUGCAACCAAGGUGGUUUAAAGUGGUUCAGAUUAUAUUAGCUAGGUCUGGGUGUCGUGUCAUUGCUUCAAUCCAUGCGAAUAAUUUUGGGAGUUAAGCGCGUUGUGAAGUGGAGAACUGAGAUUGACUAACAGCACAAGCACCUGAAAGGGUGCGAGAGAAAAGUUUCGAGAAAUUCUCGAAACAUGGAACCAAUUUUCAGAAAGCUCUGGAUCAAGUUGACCGUCGGCCGGUUAGGCAGAUUAUAAUAUAUUUUCGACUGUUGUUUGGGAAGGUACGCGAGAAAUGGAAAAGGUAUCAGAGACACCAAAGGCCGACAACCCUUCGACACAAUGCGAGAAAUUCGAGACUGAAUCAACCAAGAUGACAAAAAGGAUCUUAAGGUCGGUGGAUAAAGAUUUGGUCGUGCCGAAAAUGUCCUUUUUUUUCUUUUUCAUGGCGACUGGCGCCUUCCUUCCGUAUCUUGGUGUGUUUUACAAGCAGCUCUGGCUCUCUGCUCGUCAGUCUGGUAUCCUGCUCGGUGUUCGUCCGUUUGUCAAGAUGCUUUGUUCUCCUCUUUGGGGUAUGGUUACCGACAUUUGCAACCGACCAAAGCUGAUUCUUCUAAUCUCUAUUCUAGGAACGGCUGUGGCCCAUUUCUCCCAGAGUAUCGUCUCACCAUUUAAUCUUCCAUGUUACCCCGAGCCGAACAACGGUACGAACUUCAGCUUCAAUGGCCAUAAUUUCCCACGAGGAUAUGCGGCGACCGAUCGCUCCUCUCGUCGAAUUGGUUUUCCGGAAGCUGAAAGUGGUUCUCGAGAUGGACAACCUGUUCUCACGAGUAGAGGAAAACUAAAUAUUUUACAAAGUUGGUCUAAUGAGACCACAGCGUCCCAACUCUCAAGUGAUGUGGAAAAUAUGGUGGAUUCUGUUGAUUAUAACGUGGACAGGAAAUUUCAAAAGGAAUCAGAUGAAGUUUACCACCCACACAGCUCUCGAACAGUUCGCGAAGUCGAAAUAAUUGACGAAAUCGAGCCCAAACAUGAAGAUAAGCCGCGGCAGUUGCCUGGUGAAAAGCAAUCAAGAAUAUUGACAAAAAACAAAAGGCGCAAAAAGCCAAACAUGAAAAAUGACUUUCGCGUGAAAGAUAACCAAACAAUAUUUAUCACACUACUUGUGAUCGUCUUUCUUGGCGAGUUCAUCGCUGCACCGGCUCCAAUGUUAACGGACAGCGGAACGCUUAGCAUUCUGAGCGGACGCGAACACGAAUACGGCCGACAGAGACUUUUUGGUUCCAUUGGAUGGGGAAUAGGGUCUCUCCUGUCCGGUGCAGUUGUCACCGCUUUCAACUCAUGUCCGUUCGAAGACAGUAUCAACUAUGUACCAUGCUUCUAUGUCUUUGCCGCGUCGAUGAUUCUGGAUUUCUUCGUGGGGCUUUUUUUCAGAUUUCCAUCUGCACCACCAAAACACGAGACAACCACCGAGAGCGAAUUCUGGAGAGGAGUGAAGAUCUUCUAUAACCUGAAAAACGGUGCAUUUAUUUUUACGCUGCUUUUCCUUGGCUUCUCCCACAGCCUCCAGUUAUCGUUUCUGUUUUGGUUCCUUCAAGACAUCGGUGGCACACCAAUCCUCUUCACCCUAAUCGUGGCCGUUAACUGCUUAUCCGAGGUGGUCAUGUUUUUCAUGGCAACCUACUUUGUGCAGAGGAUUGGUCACGAUGCCGUGCUUUAUACAGGCUUGAUUUGCUAUGGGCUGAGAUUUCUGCUAUACUCUUACCUGAAAGAGCCCUGGUGGGUUUUACCUUUAGAGGCUCUGCAAGGAUUUACAUACGGAGGCGUUUGGACAGCGAGUGUGGCAUACGUCGGCCCACAGCCAGGUAAGGCUUGGUUGGUUCUCCUGUCAACACUCUAUGGGCGCGAUCCAUUCAACCAAAAUUUCCGGAAAUUUCGGUCCAAAACUCGAUGGAUCAGUUCGGUCCAAUCGGAAAAGUUUCGACAAAACUGGUCCACUUUUUGAGGUGGUCCUCUUUUCCCGGUCGGACCGGUCUGAAUUUUGGUUGAAUGGAUCGCGCCCUAUAGGUGUUUCUGAUGAAAAAAAAGUCUCGAAGAUCGCUAUUGACGAAAGGAUCUUAGAGGUAAUAGCGGCGAUCGCAUUGCCAUUCCAAUCAGAUUCAAGAACGUUAUUGGGGCGAUGACCGCAAAGAAAUCUACCAAAAAAAUUGCUGCACGUUCAGCAUUUUUAGUUUUGCUUAUUCAACCUUUUGCCUUUCUAUUUUCUUGUUUCCGUCGUUGCUGUCGUGGUUGAACGGGCUCGUUAAUGGCUUUACUAUGCAAAUCGAUUCUUGAUAUGCAACGGUUUCGUUGAAAACCGACGAUUUGAUGGAAGACGAGCGACGAAAACGACGUCCGCAGAUACCCGUAGAGAGACUCGUACUUGUAAAACGUCAAGGCGAGCUGGACGGGGUUUAUCCGAUAACUAAGAACUGGCCAAAAUUUCAUUUACCAGCUCAGAAAUGACGCCUCUUUUCUGAUAGCUGCCGAUCGAGAUUUGCGAUCUAAAGCAAAAUCUGACAGCUAAAUGAAAUGGACGGACAGCUAAGUUAACUGUUAACUGAUAGUUGAGUCAUCGCGGAAAUUUUUAUUGAUAACCAUGGAUUCCAGUACCACCAUACAGACCCAACUUGUCACCUUUGUGUCUAUAGAAAUUCAACGUAACUUUAAAACAUGGAAAACUAGUUUUCUUUUUUUUUUCUUUUAUUCAUAAAACGUUCUUAUUUUUCGAAGCUGAUUUCGUCCGAAUAACAUCAAAACCAGACUGAAUCCAAAUCCACUUUGGUUAAAAAUUAGAUUAUAUUCCAAUUAAACCAGAAUCAUAACCAGCCACUCAGAUGAGGCUUUCAUAUGAAAAAACACUUAUUAAAGCAUUAGCGGUCACGUACAUUUCUAAAAGAAAAAUGUUUGUUUAUAAACGGCCAUUUUCUAUAGUGAGGAUCUGAACAAAUAAACUCAAGCAGAUGGAUAAGUUUUAAUAACUGAUAAUUUGUUCUGGAACUGGAAUACUUUAAUUUAUUAGGAAUACAAUUGCAAUCAUUAAAAUGCGAAUGACCCCAUUUUUAGCUCGCGAAUCAUGAUGAUAAUUUGACUUCUUUUUAUACCAUUUUUUAGCUAUAUAUUCAUUUUCAUACAAUCAAAAACUUACAAGGUAAAUUUAAUGCACUACAAGCAGUCCGUUUUAAUUUUUUUCAUUUUUCGAAAACUGAUGUUCUUACCGACAGCAUGUAAUUCUCUGCUUCACUUUAUUAUUCAUUCAAAAUAUUUCACCGCCUCUGAUUGGUUCCAAUCCCCCGGCUAAUCAGUUCUUCAUAACCAACUGGCGCUUACCAUAUUCGGAAGAUGGAACCAAUAUACGAUCGAUUCGACGUUACAUUUGCCUGAAAACGAGGCUGUUUGGGCAACAGUGAACUUUAAAAGAAUGGCAUUCACGGCUAUCCGUUGACGAAAUAGCUGAAUUUCUGACUAACUGGGAGCAAAUGAAUGAAUGUUAUCUACUUUUUAAGGAGUAUCUCAAAGAAAAAACGUCUGUUUAUAUCCUGAAACCUUGCCAAGAAUUAGGCCAAAGUUUUCGAAGAAAUUUUACGAAUAGGUAAGCUUGUCAAGAACUUAGAAAUGUUUUGAAUGAAUAAUAUAACAAGUAGUGAAAUCGGCUUUCGUAUCAUGCCAAGAAUUAUGCUGAUCUCGGAGGCUGUAGUCCACCUCGGCCAACAUUCUCCUCGAUCUGCAUAGUUCUUCACAUCACGGCUCAGCUUCAUUCAAUAAUCUGAAUAAUUGCUAAAUAACUAGAAUAAAAAACAAAGUUAUAUAUAAACGUACCGACGCGCGUUGAUGACUGGUUCCGUCGUAGCCUGCGAGCAAGCUCUCGGGCGUUCUCGCGAGACUCGUUUCACUCGCCCAAAUAGGAGAGCUUGCUCCCGGGCUAGUUCCGUCGUAUCCGGGCCGUUUUUAUACUAAGAACGCAUUAUCCGUCUAGGCGAACUUGGGCAAACAUAGUAGUUGGUCUGGUUAUGCGUCUCAAGUAUAAAGAUGGGCACAAGACGCAUUAUGUGUCUGGACAAACUUUCCUUCGAAAUACUUCUUGAACGACGCACUGCGAAAGGUAGCUCGUCUAGACGCGUAAUGCGUCUUGUACCCGUCUUUAUACCAGAGAUUCAUAACCAGACGAACUACAAAAUGUUUGCCCAAGUUCGUCCAGACGGAUAAUGCGUCCAUAGUAUAAAAACGGACAGUAUGUAAACGUAAUAACAGCAAACUGUGAUUGUUUCCAGGUUCCGGAGCGACAAUUCAAGGCAUAAUUCACGGAGUGUACUGGGGCCUAGGGAUGGCAGUAGGAGGAGUACUGGGAGGAACAAUGGUUCAUGUAAUGGGUGCACGAAUGACAUUUCGUCUUGAGUCGGUUUUAUCAUUUGUAAUCCUUGUUCUGUUUUUCGCCGUCAACAACUUUUACGAGAAAAGCAAUUGGUAUUCGCAGAUUCCAUCCGAGCCUCAAGAUCAGGAGACUGGGGGCCAGGAGAACGAUGAAGAGGAUCAUGAGAAAUAAUUAUUGAACGAAAAAGAAAGUAAUAUUAAUUUAGAUUUUAAAAUCAAUCCGGUUAACAACACGCUAUUGUGUUGAGGGAAAAUUAUUUUUUUCAUUUUUUUUUGGUGUAAUUAGUAAGUAUACGUACUUGCAAGUAAAUUAUAUUUAUUGUGGAUCGCAGGAGCCUUGCUCUUGAGAUUGUUGCUAUUUAUGGGUAUGAACUGAUAAGAUUUUUUUAGGCAAGAAGUAACAAAUUAUUUUGGCAGAAAUUAAUUUAUUUUCACCUCAGUUUUGAUUGAAGAAUUGUGAACGCGAGAAAUUGAUACAAAAAAGUAUUUGAGGGGCGAGGGCAUAAGAAAACCAGUUACAAUUCACGUGAUAUAUCUCUCGGCUGUCUAUUCUCGUACCUAUAUCACCCACAGCCGAAAGGCAGAGUGAGAUCUAAUUACGAGAUUAGCAAUGUCUGGGCGCCGUUUUGCAGGAGUGUUUCACAGUCUUGACAAGAGUUUCCCUGAGACUGGGAUGCUCGUCGUCUCACUCUGGUGUGUAAAUUGUUAGAUUUUUUUGUAAAUUUUUGGUUUUGGGAUCCGGAAUCUUGGCUCUGGAAUCCGGAAUACGGCUCAAAAGGAUCUGGAAUCCCAAUGACGAUUGGAAUCCAGAAUCUAAGUACCACUGACGAAGACUAGAAUCCAGUAACUGGAAUUUCGAAUCCAAGGCUUGUAAUCCAGAAUUCAAGACUGUCUUGGAUUCUCUUACCUGGGGCGAAGGUAUAUAAAUGUCUAUAAAUUGUAAUGCUUUUAGGACUAUGUUUGGUCAAGACAAUAUUUGCCCUUGGUUGCCAUAUAUGGCACGAGUUUAGACCUGCCAUUUAUGAAAAUAUGUUGAGCUAUAACAUGCAACACUUUUUCAUACCCGUUUGUGUCAUUGGUGAACAAUAAAAAAUGGUAACGGGACUGAGUAAUCAAGUAUGUAUAAAUAAAACGAGUGAUUUAAAAAAAUCGAAUCACUACCGCGUAGCGGGGAGUCCGUUUUGUUUUUAAAAUCACGAGUACGACUACAGACCGAAUUGAACGACACGAAGUUCUGUUACCAGUUAAUCAUAAAUUAUUAAAUAUGAGAAAAGUUAAGCCUUUUUGAAAAUUUAGAACACAACAUCUUUUGAGAGUUUUUUGCUGGACGUGAAAAAAGAAGACCGAGAAAAACUAAAAAGAAAGCGGGCACUCUCAAUGGCGCCCACUUUAAUUACUUAGAUCUAGUUAGGCAUGACGCGUACUGUACUAUUACACCUUUGGCUUAUUAAUGCUG